CGAUCGGGUCGUCUUCUUGCGUGGCUAAGUAAACAUGGCCAGCAUGUUGUACUUGUGCUAAUCUCUUAAUAACUGCAGUGUGUUAUCUAUUGGUAAUCAUCCGUCACCUAGUUCAAUAUCUGUUUACCCUCAUUCUAUAACUAUUGACAGUUUAUCUUAAUUAGUGUAAGUGUUUACGUUGGGUGCAGUGCUGGUGUCCAUGUGUAGGAAACAAACAAUGCUGGUUCGUUAUGGACGAUAACCUUAUAAUAAUAGUGAGCGUGUUCUCAUGCGCGUGGGCGUUCCUGCUGCUCAUAGCGCUGGUGCUGUGGGGACAGGUCAAGAGCCUGCAGAAGAAGGUCGCGGAGAUGCAGUCCAGCGGCCGCAUGAGGAUACAGAAACUAAAGCUGAGCCCGGAGAACCAGCACGCUUUCCACAACCCGGCGCUGCUGCCGGACGAGGAGCUGUCCCGGCGAGGGUACUCCAUGUACAUGGGGCAGGACGACGUCGAGAGCGGCCGUCAUGAGCGGCAGACGGGCGGGCAGUUCGUAGAGAAACCAGCUGUCGGACAGUUCGCAGAGCAGACCACAAACUUUACGGAGAGACCACAGAACGGACACCUACCAGAACGACCCAUGAACAGUAACUCCGAUAGAUCUACUGGGAACUUCUCGGAAAGACAAAACAAUGGGAACUUCCAAGAAAGACCAUCGAAUGGGACUUAUGGGGAUAGGCCAGCUAGUGGGCACUUCGUAGAUGAGCUGACGCGCGAACUGGAUAAUAGACAGCAGCGGGGUAACAACCCUCCACCCUUCCUGCUGCAGAGCAUCCAGGAGAGCAGGCGAAAGACCAGGAGCCUCAACACCCCCGUCACCAACGGCAGGCAGAGCGAUACCAAUCCCAACUUUAUGUACUAAACCAUACACAGUACCUACUUAUAUACUCUACAGCAUUUAAAAUAAGUUAAAUUAGUAUUUUUUUAUAGUACAAUACGUUUUUAAAUGAAAAAUCCGAACCACAAGUCUUGAUCUUGCUGUAUGUCACUACAACUUAGAUCACAUAAAGUUGGAACGGUCUCGCAAAUUUUGAUUAUGCAUGCAUUGGGAUAGGAUGUUAAGUUUCUUAUCCUGUUUUAAAUUGUCUUCUAUUUAAGCAACAGUUGAGGACGCAUUACUGUUGUUUAUUUAUUAGAUAAUUUGUUUUUUUUUUAUCUUCGCCUCUGUUGCUUGCAUGGGUUUGAGGCUACAAGGUCAACUAUAUCUGGAUUUGGAGCUCUGCGCAGGUCAGUAAAGAACUAUAUUUAUGAGUGAAAA